AUGGGGCGGCGGCACGCAGCAAGGGGAAAGAAGAAGAGGAAACUCGAGGACGGCGGGGCCUCCCGUGCCGACGACGCCCAGGAGUUACCGCCACCGCAGGACGACGAAGGGAAUGGAGAGGAGGAUGCGAGUGCAACGGAGCGGGACGAGACCGUGGAGGUAGCGGAGGGGAUUCCCGUCCUGCCCCGGCCAGUAGAUGGGAGGAAGCAGCCCAGGGCGAUCUUCGUGCUCGAGAGGGCCUGCCUCGAGGUCGGCAAAGUCGGUAAGACUAUGCAAAUUUUGAACUCAGAUGAUCAUGCGAAUUAUUUGAUGAAGCACAAUCGGAAUCCUGCUGAUUAUAGGCCUGAUAUCAUUUACCAGGCUCUAUUGGCAGUACUUGAUAGCCCUCUAACUAAGGCUGGGAGGUUACAAGCUGUUUAUGUUAGGACAGAAAAGGGGGUGUUGUUUGAGGUCAGCCCGAAUGUUCGCUUGCCACGCACAUUCAAACGUUUUUGUGGCUUGAUGUCACAGUUAUUGCAAAAGUUGAGCAUUGCUGCAGUUGGGACGCAUGAGAAGCUCCUUAAUGUUAUUAAAAAUCCUGUUACCCAGUAUCUACCUGUUGGCUCACGGAAGAUUGGCCUUUCAUAUAGCGCGGAUAAGUCAGUUAAACUGAAUGACUAUGUUGCCGAAUCCAGUGAUGAUGAAGCCCUUGUGUUUGUGGUUGGUGCCAUGGCUCAUGGAAAGGUUGACAGUGCAUAUACAGAUGAUUACAUACAGAUUUCCAGCUCCCCGCUCAGUGCUGCCUGCUGUUUAGGUAAAAUAUGCACUGCUCUGGAGCAGAAGUGGGACAUCCAGUGAGGAAAUUUUGGAAACAAGCAGAACUUAGUAUUUUUUAAGACAUUCUCGCCAGGCUUUAUUCAAACUGUCACAACAUUUACAGUGUUACGUCCAGAACUUAGUAAGUAGAAGUGUUACAUCUAGUGAGGAAAUAUGCACCGCUCUAGUUGGCUGAUAGUGUUGGUCAGUUUUGCAUGCCUGCUGC